AUGGAGCCCCCCGAGCAGGAGAGGGCUGAUGAGCCCACUAUGGAGGAGCUGGAGGCGCUUCUGGCAGCAGGCCCGCCACGUCUGCGAGAAGCCGUGGAGGCGGUCCUGUCGGGCUUCCGACCACUCACCGCAGCCACCCCACGUCAGCGCCCCACCCUGCUUUACUACCCAUCCCUCUCGGCCGUCCCUUGGCACCAACCCAGUGACUACGACUUUGUGCAGCUGCUGGAGGACAACUGGGAGGCCAUCUACGCUGAGUAUCUGCAGGUGAAGGACGAGCCGGCUGGCUACGAAGAGAUCCAUUCGUCGGUGAGCGGCGGCAAGUGGACGGCAUUCAACCUUUGGGCGCAGGGCGUCAAGCAAGAGCACAACUGCUCACUGGCCCCUGUGACUACAAGGCUCUUGGAGAGCAUCCCCAGUUUUAUGAGCGGAAGCGUACUCAAACCUGGCACGCACAUCAACACACACUGUGGGCCGGCCAACGUCAAGCUACGAUGUCACCUCGGGCUCGAGACACCGCCCAAUUGCACCAUCCGCGUCGCAGAGGAAACACGAGGCUGGGAGCAGGGCAAAUGUAUCGUGUUCGACGACUCGUUUGAUCACGAGGUGGCUCAUCGAGGAGACCGCGACCGGGUGGUGCUCCUGAUUGACGUGUGGCACCCCGAUCUCACCCAGGUCGAACGGACCGCCAUCCGCCGCUUCCUGAAGUGA